GUCCAACAUGACUGAGGUGAGCCAUCAGAAAUGGGGAGAGUCCGGUGUGGACAUGUGGGUCCUCCAGUCCCCCCAGCUGAGGGUGGAGGUUCUCACCCUGGGAGCCACCAUCAGGUCUGUGUGGAGCAGGGGGAAGGAUGGACAGACAAAAGACGUAGUCCUGGGAUUUGAUGACCUGGAAGGUUAUCUGUCAGAUAAGCGGUACCAAGGAGCUGUGGUGGGCCGCGUGGCUAACAGGAUUGCACGAGGUCGCUUUGUAGUGGAGGGAAAAGAGUACAAACUGGAUAUUAAUAAUGGACCCAAUGCACUGCAUGGGGGGCUGCAGGGCUUCAAUAAGGCUGUCUGGCUUGCUACAGAAAUUGAAGGAGGUGUACAGCUGAGUCUUACGAGUCCUGAUGGAGACCAGGGUUAUCCUGGAGAGGUUCAGGUCUCUGUCUCCUACACCUUACAGGGGGAAACACUGACAGCUGAAUACCAAGCUCGGUCUACCAAAACCACCCCCAUCAACCUCACCAACCACGCCUACUUCAACCUGGCUGGACAGGGGGAAACUGAUAUCUAUGACCACCAAGUGUCCAUAAAUGCUCAGUCCUACCUGCCUGUGGAUGAUACAUCGAUUCCCACAGGAGAGAUCCGAGGAGUGGAAGGCACGCCCUUUGACCUCAGAAUGCCUGUUUUGAUUGGCCCUCGGCUGAAGGAAGUUCCAGGCCCAGGUUUUGACCACAACUUUUGUCUGUCAUCACCCAGAGAUGCCUGGACGGAGAGGCAUGCUGCCAGAGUGUGUCACCCAGCCAGUGGGCGUGUCCUAGAGGUUUCCACCAGCCAACCAGGGAUGCAGUUCUACACUGCUAACUAUCUGGAUGGCUCUAUGACAGGAAAGGGCGGGUCUCGGUACGGGAAGCACAGCUCCUUCUGUCUUGAGACGCAGAAUUGGCCUGACGCUGUCAAUCAGGUUUCGUUUCCUGAUAGCCUUCUGCGUGCUGGUGAGGUCUACCACCACAUCACCCGUUACACUUUCACGACCGCCUGAUCUGAACUUAACUGCAAGACAGCAGAGUAGAAGUCUUUGUGUUAUUAAGUGGAAAAUGAAGUGCUUUAUAACCUUGUCAUUUUUGAACUGUAAUCAUGUACCAGUUCCUGACUGUGUACCUGUGUCAUCUGAUAAAAAGAUUCUUGUUUUUUAAGGUUUAUUUUUGGGCUUAUUAUGGCUUCAUUUUAGAGACAGAUAUUGGGGAUAGAGAUAAGGAUUUUUUAUUUUUAAGUGAAGACCGCUGCUACAGCAGUCUUUGCAGGCAGAAUAAUUACAUCAUGGGUAUGUUAGGUGCAGGGCAGUAAUAAGAUGCUCAUAAUAUGAAUCAAAAACUGUUUUUCUUGUCCAAUCUAGUGCAAUAAAAUUCUUUAUUAAAAUUGAAUUAUAAAAUGAAA